CCACUGUCACCGCGCUGCAGUUUUCUAGGGUUUAACUAUCAAGCCACUGGCCAGUGAAAGCCCUAGGGUUUUCCGUUUGGAGUGCAAAAGCGACGUCAUCUUUGCGCGGAAAUGGACGUUCGCAUGGACACUUCUCCCAGCUAUUUCGACCCUGAAGACCUCACCAUCAGGGAGCCAUUCCGCCGAUAUGGGAAAAGGCACUCAGCAUCAAGCUCAUCAUCCCAUCAUGAACACUCAACUUCUAAGUACAGUGGAUCCAGGCUAUUGUACGAUGGACAUAGCAUCCAUAGCCCAACUAAUGCUGCCUUACUUCUUGAAAAUAUCAAACAAGAGGUGGAGAGCAUUGACGCUGAUCGCUCGGAAGGAACACCUGCAAGGACACUAUCUGCUUCUAAAAGGAGACCGCCCAUUGAUAGUCACGGAAUGGCUGACAUGGAUGCUGGUGCUGAUUCAGUUCGCUAUUUGCUGAAAGCUUGCAAGAAUGAAGAUGAUUCAUUGGCAGAUGGUGGAGACACCACUUUUACCAUAUUUGCAUCGCUACUUGAUUCCGCUUUUCAAGGUUUGAUGUCUAUUCCUGAUAUCAUACUAAGAUUUGAGGGAUCUUGCCGAAAUGUUUCAGAGUCAAUUAGGUAUGGGUCCAAUGUAAGGCAUGGGGCCGUAGAGGAGAAAUUGAUGAGGCAGAAGGCUCAGCUCCUGCUUGAUGAGGCUGCUUCCUGGUCUCUUUUGUGGUACCUUUAUGGGAAAGUGUCUGAAGAACUCCCGAAAGAGCUAAUCCUGUACCCCCAAACAUCACACUUGGAGGCCUGCCAGUUUGUUGCAGAUGAUCAUACGGCACAAUUGUGCCUCCGGAUUGUUCAAUGGCUUGAGGGUUUAGCCUCCAAAGCACUUGAUUUGGAAAGCAAGGUGCGAGGAUCUCAUGUUGGUACCUAUCUACCCAGCUCUGGUGUUUGGCAUCAUACACAACGGUAUCUUAAGAAAGGAGCCUCCAAUAAAAAUACCAUUAAUCACUUGGAUUUUGAUGCUCCAACACGUGAACAUGCUCAUCAGCUACCUGAUGACAAAAAACAAGAUGAAUCUCUUUUGGAAGAUGUCUGGACUCUUCUAAGGGCUGGAAGACUGGAAGAAGCAUGUGAGCUUUGCCGGUCAGCCGGACAGCCAUGGAGAGCUGCAACAUUAUGCCCAUUUGGAGGGUUGGACCUUUUCCCUUCUGUUGAAGCCCUGGUGAAUAAUGGAAAGAGUAGGAUUUUGCAAGCCAUUGAACUGGAAAGUGGCCCAGGACACCAAUGGCAUCUUUGGAAAUGGGCUUCCUACUGUGCAUCUGAGAAAAUUGUGGAGCAAGAUGGUGGUAAAUUUGAAGCAGCUGUAUAUGCAGCACAGUGUGGCAAUUUAAAGCGCAUGCUUCCAAUCUGCACAGACUGGGAGUCUGCAUGCUGGGCAAUGGCAAAAUCAUGUCUAGAUGUUCAGGUGGAUUUGGAACUAGCUCGUCUACAACCCGGGAGAGUGGAUCAGAUGAGCCGUUUUGGAGAUGUAGCUGAUGGAAGUCCUGGAAAUCUCGAUGGCAGUCAUCAGCCUCCAGAUGGGUCGGAAAGUUGGCCAGUCCAAGUUCUGAACCAGCAGCCUCGACAACUUUCUGCUCUUCUUCAGAAGCUUCAUUCAACGGAAACAGUGCACGAAAGUGUUGCUCGAGGAUGCAAAGAGCAGCAACGUCAAAUUGAGAUGAUUUUGAUGUUAGGGGAUGUACCACGCCUGCUGGACCUUAUAUGGUCGUGGAUAGCACCUUCAGAAGAUGAUCACAAUGUAUUCAGGCCUCAUGGAGAUCCCCAAAUGAUUCGAUUUGGUGCACACCUAGUGCUUGUACUUAGACAUUUACUUGCCGACGAAAUGAAGGAUACUUUCAGAGAAAAAAUAAUGAAUGUUGGUGAUCUCAUUCUACACAUGUAUGCAAUGUUUCUUUUUUCAAAGCAGCAUGAGGAGUUAGUGGGCAUAUAUGCUUCGCAGCUUGCACAUCACCGUUGCAUUGACCUCUUUGUGCAUAUGAUGGAACUGAGGCUGAACAGCGGGGUGCAUGUCAAAUAUAAGAUCUUCCUUUCUGCCAUGGAGUACUUACCAUUUUCUCCUGGGGAUGAUUCAAAAGGCAGUUUUGAGGAAAUUAUUGAGAGGGUAUUGUCAAGAUCUCGGGAGAUCAAAGUUGGUAAAUAUGAUAAGUUAUCAGAUGUACUAGAACAACACCGGCAGCAGGGUCUUCAAAAAGCUAUGGUUAUCCAAUGGCUUUGCUUUACACCCCCAUCCACAAUUGCCGAUGUUAAGGAUGUUAGCACAAAACUUCUUUUGCGAGCCCUAAUACAUAGCAAUAUAUUAUUCAGGGAGUUUGCUCUGAUUUCCAUGUGGAGAGUGCCAGCAGUGCCUAUUGGUGCGCACACAUUACUCAGUCUUCUUGCUGAACCUUUGAAGCAGCUUUCAGAUAAUCAUGAUAUGUUGGAGGAUUAUGAUAUUUCUGAUAAUUUGAGAGAGUUCCAAGACUGGAGUGAGUAUUACUCUUGUGAUGCAACAUAUCGGAAUUGGCUCAAAAUUGAAUUGGAGAAUGCAGAGGUUUCACCCAUAGAACUCUCACUGGAGGAAAAACAAAGAGCCAUUUUAGCGGCCAAAGAGACACUGAAUGCAUCUCUCUCACUUUUACUAAGAAAAGGAAAUCCUUGGUUGGCUGCAACUGAAGAUCAUAUAUAUAAAUCUGAAGAGCCUUUAUUUCUAGAAUUGCAUGCCACAGCAAUGCUCUGCCUUCCGACUGGUGAAUGUAUGUCUCCAGAUGCCACAAUGUGCACUACUUUAACAAGUGCCCUUUACUGUUCAGUGAGCGAGGAAGUUGUGUUAAAUCGACAACUAAUGGUGAAUGUCUCCAUAUCAACGAGGGACAAUUACUGCAUUGAGGUUGUACUACGCUGCUUGGCAGUAGCAGGUGAUGGAAUUGGGCCUCAGGAAAAUGGUGGCAUACUCAGUACUGUUUUGGCUGCUGGCUUCAAAGGUGAGCUUCUUCGAUUUCAAGCUGGAGUUACGAUGGAGAUCUCACGAUUAGAUGCUUGGUAUUCAAGCAAAGAUGGUUCUUUAGAAGGCCCAGCAACAUACAUUGUACGGAGUCUUUGUCGUAGGUGCUGUCUUCCAGAAGUCAUUCUUCGAUGCAUGCAAGUAUCAGUUUCGCUCAUGGAGUCGGGUGAUCCACCUGAAAGCCAUGAUGAUUUGAUUGAACUAGUUGCGUGCCCUGAUAGUGGAUUUCUUCAUUUGUUUAGCCAGCAACAAUUGCAGGAAUUCUUGCUGUUUGAGAGGGAAUACUCAAUAUUCAAAAUGGAGCUUCAGGAGGAACUUUGUUCUUGAUCACGGCGAGUGGUGUAAAAUCAAGGUCCCUGGUUCUUAGUACAAACAAGGCUUGGUAGUGUUGUAGAAUGGACGAAUUGACGUUUUAUGUCAUCGUUUAACGUUUUGCUUUUCUUCUCGUAAUAUUUGUUCUUUAACUCAAAAGGGUCGUAUCAUCUGCAAUUAGUUCAUUAUCUGUGACAAUCCACUGUUUCAAAGUGUACAGAGCUACAUUUGAGUCGAUCCUCAAGCUCAACCAAGGAAAUGAGGUCUUUAAAACGUGUUUUAUGCUGCCAGGGCUUGCUUCAUUUCGGCUAUUUAUUGUGUCCGAUGUAUUUCUGUUUUGCACCUUUUGUAAUUUAGUUUUUGGUCGAGUUCUUCACCUCCUUUUGUA